AUGAUGCUUUUGAUGUCCCUUAUACCCCCAGCAUUUUUCGCUUUCUCAAGCGCAUCAUUCUGGGUUGCCAUCCACCUCCCCUACAGAGGUCGACUGUAUGUCUCGCCACUGCUAUACGGUAGCGCAAUCAUCUCACUGCAUACGAGCCCUUACCUGACAUGGCUCACUGGUAUGAAUGUGCUGUGGGCACUCUUCACCUGCAUCUGGAUCCAACAUGCAGCAGCAGUCCUCUAUUUUGACCAACUGAGGGUGCCCCGGACAUCAUCCUCGUGGCUCGCGACAUACAAAUUCUGGAACGAUCCGCAACGUCGCAUGAGCCCUGGGCUCCCACCACGAAACAAGCGCGCCAUUACAUUUCCCGGUCGAGCAAGUUUCACAUUCUACAAAAUCACCAGAAUAAUCCUCUGCUGGGCUUUUCAGUUUAUUAUUAUCGGACCACUUGUUCCCUUGCAUUUCAAUUUUACCGCUCAAGACUUCGCCCCCUCCCGUAAGGUCUUCUUCCGCCGACUUCUACCUCAUCCAUAUAAUCAUCCCCCUAUUACCUUCCGCGAGGUAGAAAUCCGCCUAUUUCUCUCCGUCUACUGGAUCUGGAUUGCUUACCUCAUGCUCGAUCUCUGCAACACUCUUCUCUCUAUCCUUUUCACUGUCAUACUCCGCCUCGACGAUCCCAAUGAAUGGCAACCACUCUUUGGCAGCCCCCUUGAAGCAUACAGCAUCAGCCGCUUCUGGACGAAGUUCUGGCAUGGCCUCACAUUCUCCUCCUGCGCUUCCUCUGGAACACAGGUCACCCGCCAUCUCAUCGGCAUUACACCUGGAUGCCGAAGCGAGAAAUCGGGCGAGCCAUGUCAUCCGCACCACGAUAUGCUCUUCUUCGUAGCCAAUUUCAUGGCUAGUGCUUUGGAGGUGCUUGUAGUGCGCAGGUUGAGGUGCGUGAAGAGAUAUAAUGGGGGUGACGAAAUUGAUAUUUCGUUAAUACUCUCAAACAAGAUCACCGUGGCGGUGGGAUAUAUUUGGGUUCUGGGGUUCUUUUUCUGGAUCACUCCCAAGUGGCCGUAUCCGAAAAUGCAUGCAGUUUUGACGCAAGUUCAGGGACACUAA